AUGAACGACCGCGUAUUUUGCUUAUAUCGACGUGCUGUGAUUGGUUUAGACGACAAAUGCGCAAACAUUGUAUGUGGUACACAUAACCACAUUUGUCAGAAUGUUGGUCAAACACAAACUAUGGAUGAAUUUGUACUGCGAGGUGACGCGGCGAUGGCAUUGGCAAAUUCACAAGCGAAAGCAACAUCUGCAUCACUUCAAAAGCGUCAGAGACAAACAAGAAUUUAUCAUGGAGAUAAAGUGGUUUCAGAAGAGCGUGUGCAAUAUCUUAAAGAAGAGAUGGACGAAGCAAAGACAAUUGCCAAUAUGUUGAAUAUUUUACAUACAUUAGAACAUCUUUUUGUAUCGCUUGAAAUGCUUGAAAAAACGCACAUUGGCGUCUCACUUACUCGACUAUCACGUCGUACUGAGUCACAUGAGGUGCAUGAUCGAGCUCAAAAGCUUUUAAAGGUGUGGAAGACACGCGCUAAAAUGGCGAUGAGACGCCGUGCUAGACGUGUCGAGAUGUACGGACGCAAUUACGCAGAGUAA